AUGGUGGCGGAGACGACGGCGCGCGACGCCUUCGAGGACUGCGUGCAGUACGCGAAGCGGCACAACUUCGGCGAGAUCCUCCAGGAGUACGUCGUGCGCGUGCUCCGCGAGCGGCCCAGCGACCCCGUGGCCUUCCUCAUCGACGAGAUCACGAAGCGCCCCUUCACGCCCGCGUCGAGCGCGGCGUCGAACCCCUUCUUCCGGGACCCGCUCCGCGACGGCCCCGACGCGCGCCUGCGCGUGGCGGCGUCGCCGGGCCUCUUCUUCCGCGAGGCCUGCGCCCAGUGCAAGGGCCGCGUCGAGGCGGCCUGCGCGUACGACGUGCCGACGGUCGUCGUCCACGGCUCCGUGACGACGGACCAGUUCGUGCGCACGGCGCGGGGCGCGCGGCUCGCGGCGCCCGGCGAGCAGGACGAUUUGAGCCUGCGGGCGUUGGACGAUGCGACCUGCGCGCCGAAGAACCCGGAGUCGGGGCCCUACUGCGUCGACGUCGUCUCGGCUUUGGUCUCCAUCGAGAUCGCGCGGCGCCAGGGCAUGUACGAGCCCGCGCCCUCCCGCGAGGCCAUGCGCGACUUCGCGCCCCAGUUCCUGCUGGGCUACCUCCGGGGCCUGGGCCAGACCAAGGCUGAGUUUACGACGCUCCGGGAGAAGUACGCCACGGGCGAGCUCGACUUCCCCUUCGCCGACGGCCUCGAGCCGGCCCUGUCGCCCGGCGCGCCGGCGCCCUUCCACGAGCCCCUGCCGGCGUCGGAGGCGACGGGGAAAUACGCGCUGCAGCACUCGUCGCGGUGCGCGGAGAUGCGGAAAGCAACGCUCGACGCGGACGACGCGGUCGUCAACGCGGUGCAAAAGGCCUGGAACGCCACGGAGGGCGCCUGCGUCGUCGUCGAGGCCGGCCGCCUGCCGGGGUCCCGGACGCUCGUCGCGUUGGCCUUCGACGGGGGCGCCGCCUGCAAGCUCGUCGAGGCGUUCCCCGUCCCCGCGAACGGCCUCGAAGGCCUGGAGCGCGCGAAUCUGGCCUGCGCGGCGGCGCUGCCGCGCUUCCUCGGGCGCCUGGAGGGGUUCGCGGCCGUCGAGCUCGAGACGUUCCAGAG